AUGUAUAAUGCCGUAGCAGAGAAUGUCCUUGGGACUAUUGGUACGAUAUUAUGGUGCAUUCAAUUAGUGCCUCAGAUAAUUCGGAAUUAUUACGUGAAAGAUUGUGAAGGUGUACCUAGUGUGAUGAUGUUUCUAUGGGCUCUUAGCGGUGUUCCAUUUUCUAUAUAUUUCUUUGGCACUGAUGGGUCGAUACCACUCAGAGUACAACCACAACUAUUCACUCUUUGCUGUGUGAUUACUUGGAUACAAACAUUAUAUUAUCCGCCGGUGCAAUGUGGACUAAGGAAGGUGAUCAUUUACGCUAGUACGUUUAUUAUAAUAGCGGCCGGAGCUGAAGUCGGAUUCAUAUUGUGGUUACGUCCAAUUUACCGGGAAGGAAAGGAAUGGCCCUUGCUAAUAAUUGGUAUAAUUGCAGCGCUAUUGAUUGCACUAGGGCUUAUUCCUCCAUAUUUCGAAUUGGCCAAACGUCGAGGACGAGUAAUCGGCAUAAAUUUCGUGUUCGUAAGCAUGGAUUCACUUGGAGCCAUAUUUUCUUUGGUAAGCAUUGUGGUGGGCACAAUGGACAUAUUGAGUAUUGUACUCUAUGCUAUUGUAAUUGCAUUGGAAUUUGGCAUAUUUGCUAGUCAUACCAUAUGGUAUAUUAGAUUUGGGAAGAAAGAAAAAGCAAAGGAGAACAAUCAAGAACGGGACCACGAACAGGAACAGGAAGCGGAAUCUGCAUAUGAAAGCUCACAAGAAUACUCACAAGAACACUUACAAGAACACUCAAAAGAACACUCACAAGAACACUCAAAAGAACACUCACAAGAACACUCACAAGAACAUGAAAACAGCCUAAACAAAAUGGUAGAGAUUCAAGCUCAGAUAUCAAGAAGUGACAAAUCUGAAUAUGAAUACAACGAAAAAUAUAAUAAUUAUGAUAUAUAG